CUUAGAAGUGUCACUAUGACUCACCUUGGGAACCUACACUAACUAGCAAAAGCUGGGAACUCACAGGCUGGACACAGCAAGAAAAACAAGAAAAUGAUGGCAGAUCAUGGAGACCUUUGUGAUGGGCAGGACGCCACCUUUUGCAUGAAUGGAGGGACCUGCUAUAGAAUAACUUCCAUGAACGCACUCUCCUGUGUGUGCAAUGAAAAUUACAAAGGCAGCAGAUGUGAGCAGUACCAGCUCUCCAGCAUUUCCGCCAAUGCAGGGGAGGCAGGGUUAAUUGCAGCCAUGGUCAUUGUUGCCCUCCUCAUCGUUGUGAUGGUGACGGUUGUUAUCUAUUACAUAUGCAAGAUGCGGAAAGCCAAGCAGCAGAGCCAACAGAACAAUCAGCAACAAUAUUGGAGAGUAAAACCAAGAGUAUGAGCUUUCUUCUGCUAUGCAUUUGUUUCUCUUUUGAUUGGGAGAGAGGGGUGUCACUCGCCUUAUUGUGACUCGGAUACUGUUUUGGAUAUGCUGCACGGAUCUUAACUCAAGUCAGGGCAGGUGAAGAGCUUGAUUCAUUGUCUCAUGAGAUUUCUGGAUUCCAGUUUUAAGAAAGGUGUAACUCAUUAACACACACAAACAAGGUGUGAAACAAGUGUGAGUGGGUGGGAAUUGAAUCACACCUUGCACAGUAGCCUUUUUAAAACAGCUACGAAGCAGGCAAUGGUGUUACUCGUGUUAAAUCACAUUUCAAUCUAUGUGCUUUGUCCGAAAUGUAUUUAAGUAUAGUAUAUAAUAUAUAUAUAUGUGAAAUAAAUAAUAUAAUAAAUAUUUAA